AUGACAAUUUUUCAGUUGCAAAUAAAACCUGAGGAUCCCGAUCCAAGAACAAUCAGAGGACCCUGGCUUCCAGCCCUGCCUGAAGAUUUCUCAGCAAAGGCGAGGAGCAUUUCCGAGGAGGGGGCGGGGAAAGGGGGGAAGAAAGUGUAUCUCGGGCCGACAGCCCUCCGCGGGGGAGGGAGGGGGCGCACCCCUGACCCACUUUUCCCCACGCCCCCUCUCCAACCCCCGCCCCACCCGGUGGAAGUCCGAGCCCUGAGGGGGGCAUCGAGCGGGGCGUGGGAGGCCGCACGCUCCCCACCCCCAGCCGCGACCCGGAGGAGGGGAACGUGCCGGGAGGCUCGAGUCCCCCUCCCAGAGUGCUCCGGGCCGGAGAAACCUCCCGCAGGAGAAGAAGCUGUAAACAGCCCCGGCGUCCGGGCCUCGCCUCGAAGAGCCCCGCUUCCCAGGCCCCGCCGCGGGCCGCCCCGGCCCCCAGCCUGCCCCGAGGCCGCCGCGCCCGGGGUCCAGGACACCGGAGGGGAGUCGCGUCCCCUCACCGGAGAGCUCCGGGAGCUCGCGGAGCGGCCCCAGGAGCAGAGAAGGGGAAAGUCAGGACUUACCUGUCAUUACUUUCUACGCCAUCUUGGAUCCACUUGUCAACGUCCCCACAAAGCAUUAUGGACUCCCCGCGUCUGCAUUGAAUCAACCCGAGGCUUCCUUGCUGCCCGCGGCGCGGAGCUGCUCGCGGAUUUAUUUGUGCGCGUGGAUGUGAGCGUUUCUGCUCCUGCGGCCGCGCUUCCAGGAAGCCAGCGAGCGGCCAGGGUCGCCUUCAGGGCCGCGCGGACCAGCUCCGCACCCGCCGCCCAGAGAGGUGCCUCUGCCCUGGGAAACCGCCCCGGGGCCGUUGGGCUCCGGGAACUGGGAGGACGCCGUGUCCCCGAGUCCACCAGCGUCGAAGCACGAUUAAAAAAAAAAAGGGCCAAAUGCAACUUUUUACCCCUUGUUUACUCUGCCUCCCGCGGUCUCCUCCUCCCGGCGGGUAACGUGAUCAGCGACCCUCUAGGUGGGGACCCCUCCCCUAGGAAUGUGGCUCAGGGCUCCGCGGAGCCAGCCUGGGAGCGUCCCGGCUGCGGACUGUGACUCCGGGGCAGGGUGUUGAAUGGAGAACCAGGCAGAUCCACCACCUACAGUAAAGAUGACCCUAAAGUAAACUGGUUGAAGAAAUUAGAUCCCAAAGAUUCUUGGUGAAUUUUCAAGUCUUCAUCAGUAUAUCUACAUUAAAAGGAGAUGACAGAAGCCAAAAUAAAAGAAUUAUGGGCUGACGGGACAACUGGAUUAAAAUAAGCAUCAGUUUCAUUAAAAAGGGCUAACUUGAAGAUGAA